CGGAUCGUCUUAUGUGGAUUUUCCACUGACCAAAUCGCUAUUGGGAAUGUUCUUGCGGAUGCUGGCUUUUAUUUCCAACAUCCGUCAUCUUUGGAGUAUGGUAGCAAGAUGCAGUAUUGCAACCCUCACUACCUUCUUCGACCAGGGUCCCAAAUGCCAGCACUAGAAACAUUCGUAGAAACUAACAGCGACAGAAGAAUGGAGCAAAAGUUGCUUGAUGAAUCAACCAAAGGACGAUUUAUGAAUCUCUUUGAUGAAGCUGGCGAUAUCGAUACGAAAACAACUGCAGAGCCUAGUAGUCGCCUCAAAUCGACAAUGAAAGAACAUCAGAUUUCCGCACUUACAUGGAUGAUUGGGGUUGAAGCUGGGACUAUAAGAGAUGGGUUCCCCUCACUAUGGGAACUUUCGUCGGAUUCAAGCUCAAACAAGUAUCGGCAUAAAAUCACAGGAAGUCUGGUAGCUCGCCCAGAACUAGCGCCUGGUGGCGUUUUAGCAGAUGAGAUGGGGCUGGGAAAAACUCUUAGCAUGUUAGCUUUAAUAUGUUCAACUUUGGACGCCAUGGAGACCGAAAAAAAUGAAAGCGAAGAGAUGCUACCCAGACAAUCCCGGACAACGCUCAUUGUCACACCAAAGACAACCAUACAUAGCUGGCAGCAACAAUGCGAAAGUCACAUCCAUCAAGGAAAGAUAAAAACUGCCGUAUGUCUAGGCUCAGACCGGAAGAAGUCGCGCAACGAACUUCAAAGCUCAGAUAUAGUUUUCACCACUUACGAAACGAUGAGGCGAGAUUGGGCAGAGAAAGGUCCUUUGUUUACCCAUUCAUGGUAUCGUGUUAUUCUUGAUGAGGGCAUGCACCAUCAAGCUAUAAGUGAAAGUUUUGCUAACAAUUUAAUGUUAGCACACCAUAUCAGAACUAGAAAGUCGCAAACGUUUGAAGCUGCAUGUGAACUUCAGGCUUGGUACCGAUGGUGUUUAACUGGGACACCAAUUCAUAAUUGUGUUGACGACUUUGCCGCACUUCUGAGCUUUAUUCGUGUGCCGUUGUUUGCGAAUAAAAAAACGUUUGACUUUUGGAUAACAACGCCAAUUAGGGAGAAAAGCUCAUACGGCCUGCAAAGGCUAAGUCUUUUGAUUAAGAACACAUGCCUACGCCGUACGAAGAAGUCAACAGAGUUGUCAGAUCAGCUCCCUAAUCGACGAGAAGAAACAGUGUGGGUAGAGCUGUUACCAAGAGAUCGUGAUUUGCAUAGCUUUUUUUACAAGGAGGCAGCCAAGAUUGCAUCAGGUUUCUACCGACAUAAGACUGAGAAUUCGACCUCAAAUUAUCCGACCAGCAAUAUUCUGAAGUUGAUCAUUUUCCUUCGUUUGAUCUGCAAUCAUGGAGAGAAGCUUCUUCCUCCAUUAGCUGUUGGCGCUUGGAAAGCAGCAGAAGGCAACGCUUUUGACUGGCAAAUAGUCCAGGAUUUUCAGCAGUCAUGUGAAAUUUGGCAACAUUCAUCCAAGCUUUCGGCUUUGAUCGAUAACCUUCGCCAAGAGCAGUCUUGUUCCGACCGAUACAAUCCAAUUCAACCCAUUAAAAGUGUCGUUUUCAGCUCUUGGACGAAAAUGAUAGGUCUAACUCAGCAGUGCCUCGAGGCCAAUGGUUUUGUUUGUGCACGGAUUGAUGGUCAACUAAGCCUAGAAAGACGAAUGAUGGCGAUGAAACAGUUUAAUUCGGACCCUAGAUGCACUGUUAUGCUUGCCACUAUAGGUAGCGCUGGUGAAGGGGUCGACUUCACAGCUGCCAACAACGUACACUUGCUGGAGCCGCACUGGAAUCCGAUGAUAGAGUCUCAGGCCGUUAAUCGAGUCCAUAGAAUAGGACAGUCGCGAGAGGUUCGUAUAACCAGGUAUAUCACGAAAGAUACAAUAGAAACGUAUGUGCAAUCGAGACAACAAGACAAGCUUAAACUU